CUGGAAAAGUUUUCCCAAAGUUUGAGCAGAAUGAUGGAGCAGCAGGAGGAACUCCUGGAGACCGCGCAGCAGUCUCUCAAGCAGCAGCUGCAAACUUUGGUGAAGGAGGACAUUAAGCAGUUUAAAGAGACCCGGAAGGAAUUCGAGCGGGGCAGCGAAAGCCUCGGCAGCGCCUUGCACCACAACGCCGAGGUCCCCCGUCGGCGCCAACACGAUGCCGAAGAGGCCGCGACCGCCCUCAAAGCAGCCCGGACCAACUUCCGUAACCGAGCCCUCGAUUACGUGCUGCAGAUCAACGUGAUUCAAUCCAAGAAGAAAUUUGAGAUCCUCAAAUUCCUCCAUGAGCUGGUCCUGGAAUCGGCCCGAGAGAAAAGGGACAUGGAGCAGCGACACGCCGUCAUAAAACAGAAGGAUUUGUCUCAAGACGACGAUGUUCCCGAAAUCCAGGCCGAACCAGGACAGGUGGUGACGGAAGGAUACCUGUACAAACGGGCCAGCAACGCCUUCAAGACCUGGAGCAGGACUUGCCUACUGCAAGCCGAUUCGGAGCGCCACCUACAGGCUUGGAUGUGCUCCGUCCAGAACAGCAUCGCCUCGGCGUAUAACGAGGAUCGGCCAGAACCCGCUGGGCAGUUUCUGGAGCGGAGUGCGUCCAUGACGGCGUCUACCCUCCAGUCUCCCUCCAGCCGCAAACUCCGGGGCGGGGUAGACAAACAGGUAGUGGACCAGGUGCAGCGCCUGGAGGGCAACGCUCAGUGCUGCGACUGCCGGGAGGCGGCCCCCGAGUGGGCCAGCAUCAACCUGGGCAUCACCCUCUGCAUCGAAUGCUCCGGCAUCCACAGGGCUCCGCGAGGGGCUCUCCCCAAGCCGGGCACCUCCAGCGUCCGAGGACCUGCGCCAUUUGCAUCCCGGUGCCCUCCUCUACCGCGCGGCCGGAGCGCCCCCUAGCUUGCCCACCAUGUCAGACGCUCUGGCUCACGGGGCCGACGUUAACUGGGUCAACACGGGCCAGGAAAACCGGACUCCGCUGCUCCAGGCUGUGUCCGCCAAUUCGCUGCUGGCGUGUGAGUUUCUGCUCCAAAACGGGGCCAACGUCAACCAGAGCGACUCGAAAGGACGGGGGCCGCUGCAUCACGCCACCAUCCUGGGCCACACCGGGCUGGCUUGUCUGUUUCUCAAACGUGGUGCCAAUAUGAAAGCCGUCGACGGAGAAGGGAAGGAUCCCCUUGGCAUUGCCAUCGAUUCGGCCAACGCGGACAUUGUGACCUUGUUGCGACUGGCCAAGAUGCGGGAAGCCGAAAUGGCCUUGGGCCAGUCAGGAGAUGAUACCUAUCUGGACAUUUUCCAAGAUUUCUCCUUAAUGGCCUCCAACGAUCCAGAGAAGUUGGCCAGGAAAUCCUACGACUUCAAACUCACCACCUUGUGAAGCUGGGGAGAAGAUUCCUCCGAGAAGGAAAACCCAUUGGGGACAUAUAUUUUUUUCCUUUGGGCCAGGACUGACGGGGCGACUGAACCAUCCAAAAUUAAGUUACAAGUGGACUCAAGAUGUCCAAGGACGGGGGGGGGAGCAGUUACGAGCACGGUCCCCCCCACCCAAAUUCUCCUCCCAACCCGGUUGGCUUUGGGGUGAAUUUGGGGCAAAAAAAAAACCCCAGCCAGCGAAGAUCAGAAUAUGAAGACUUCUGAGUUUUUUUCCCCCUUUCUUUCUUUUUUUUUAUUUAUUGAUUUUGGACCUGUCCAUCAUCGCUGAAGGAUUCUAAGUGGCAGAAUUGAUUGGCACCCCGAAUCUAACCAUUUUUGUUUCGUUUUUUUUCCCCUGACUGCUGGAAAUGUCUCGGUGUUUGGAGAGGGGAGAACGAGAGGUGGUUCUUUUGGGAAGCCGGGAAAGCUGCGGAUUUUAUUUGGGAAUAAAAAAACCGGCUCUCCCAAGA